AUUUGUCGCUUUUCUUAUCUAAAUUUUAAUAAGAUAAGCAUCUAAAACAUUUAUGCAAACUUUAUCUGAAAUGUUAUCUGGAACGAAGUAAAAAUAUGGCGAGGACUAGAUUUGCCUUGCAUCCGAUGAAAACGAUAAAGGCGCUAUCAUCUUGUUUAGCCAGUCGCCGUAAUUUGAUAACGAGGUCAGCAAGUACCCGCUGGAAGCGCUGAGCAGUAGCAAACUGAAAAGGCAUUGGUAAACAUGGGUGAAAAAUACGUCGAAACCGUGUUGGGUCGAGCGAAGGCGUCCGAGCUGGGAAUAACGUUAACUCACGAGCACUUGGCUCUCGACUUUGACAAGUUCUACGUACCGGCUCCGCAGCUUUUGGAGGAAUUCGUCGGCGAUAAAAUUAAUCUGAAGAAUGUCGGCGUGCUCAAACAGUAUCCCUACAGCAGCAGGUACAACGUGCGUUUCAACGACGCCGACAGCGCGAGCGCGAUACUGGAGGACGUGAGGUUCUACAAAAAGAGCGGCGGCGGCACGAUCGUCGAGAAUACCAGUCACGGCAUCAAGCGCGACCUUCCGCUGAUGCAGAGAGCCAGCCGGGAAAGCGGCAUCCACGUGAUCGCCGGCACCGGCCACUACGUCGCUCUCACGCAGGAUGCAUCUGCUCUCGCCGCCACGGAGGAGCAAAUGUACAAUCUGAUGAGCCAAGAGCUGACCGUCGGCUGCGAAGGCUGCCCGUCCGUCAAAGCUGGUUUCGUAGGCGAAGUCGGAAGCGCCUGGCCUAUCGAAGAUUUCGAAAGAAGAGCCAUCAGAGCAACGGCACAAGUUCAGGAACAGCUGAGAUGCCCCGUGAGCUUUCACCCUGGCAGAGAUCCAGCCGCUCCGUUCGAGAUCAUGAGAAUCUACCUGGAGGCUGGGGGCAACGCCAGCAAGGCCGUCAUGUCUCACUUGGACAGAACUUUGCUGAGAAACGAGGAUCUUCUCGAGUUCGCGCAACUGGGCAGCUACUGCCAGCACGAUCUCUUCGGCGUUGAGUGCUCUUAUUACCAGCUGCACACGCCCACCGACAUGCCGUCCGAUGCCCAGCGCAUCGAUCGAAUGGGGCUUCUGAAGGACGAGGGCAAGCUGGCGAGCAUUCUGAUGAGUCACGACAUCCACACGAAGCAUCGCCUGAUGAGCUUCGGAGGCCAUGGCUACGCCCACAUCGUCAACAACGUGCUGCCGAAAAUGCUGCUCAAGGGCUUCACCCAGCGAGAGAUCGAUACGAUUACGAUUGGCAACCCGAAAGCUUGGCUAUCCUUUGAUUGAUUGGUUCUGUUAUGACGCGCAUGGCUUCUUGUCCGUCAAUAAAGCAACAUGAUUUUCCACGCACGUCUAUACUGCUUCGCGCUUUCUCCGCGCACUCGUCCCCAUAUAGCGAUCGCAAUUUGUUAGGCGCACGGCGACGCAGCUUACUUACUGUCGGACUCGGUGCCGCUGCGUUUAUAUCGCGUACGUGUUCGCGCGCCGGUUUAUAGGUGACCUCGGAAAUCAUGUCUCGGCGAACAAUCCGACGAUCGAUGCACGGUGGCUGGGCCGAUUGGCAAAGUGCUCGUCCGAUGCCGACCGCCGACGCCGAUACGGAGGAAGGCAGCUCGGAAAUCGAAGCGUCGCAGCCGAUCGACAUCCGCGCUCAGGCACGUCUUUAAAUUUUGAUUGGCGUUCGACUGGCGGCGACAGUUUAAUGUACUCCCGGUCAAUAAUCAGCCCCAUUUGUAGGCCGACAUCGGUCAGUGAGGCUUUAUGCGAGAACUAUCGAUCUGGCUCGCUUAAGGCCGCGGGUAGGCAUCGUCGGCCACGGAGCCACGCGAGCCACGCGAGCCACGCGAGCUACGACGUGCCAGCAGUUAUUAAUACAGUCAUGGUUGUUCAAAUUGUCGCUCCUUCACUCGCGCGGAUCUCACAACUAUGCGUAAUGCUGACGUGAUUUGGCUGAUUGUCGCCUGUUUGCUCAUCGAUCGGCUGGACGCGAGAAUAGUCAAUGGGCAAUUAGCCACGCACCAGGUAAUCGAUCCUUUCUCUAGCGUGCUUCUCCUAAGUUUUACAUUAUUUACUGCGCUGCUCCCGUCAUUCGCUCGCUCGACCAUCAAAUCGCUCUUCCAUCCUUCUCUUUUUAGAACUGGGCUUUCUUAUCGCGAUUCUGUUUUCUGUCAGAGAAAGGCAAAUUUCAAUACGACUUCACCAUUGGCAAUGGCGACACGGAAGUCAAUUUAUUGCUGUACUACGACAGUCCGAAUCAGUGGCCAAGCGUGUACCC